AUGGAGGCCAUACUUGAGUCGGCCUUUCAGUUAAUUCUGCAGCUGUAUAUCGUUGGGAUGCAUUACACUGAGCUGGACCAGGCUUAUGAUGUGACACUGGGCAGCAUCCUAUCUUUGUCACCACUGGGCCACAACACCCAGCUCUCAAAACAGGUGUUCUCUGUCCUCAUCUCCCUCGUGUCCCUCACCUGGUCCUUCACGUCCUACCACAGGUUCUCAAAACUCAGAGGGCUGACUAUUUUAGACACACUGCCCCUCCUGUUCACAAUAUUCUUCCAGGUGGUGUCCCGCGCCAUCGCCUGUACAGUGUUCACUCUGGCACACACGUGGAAGGUGUUUGUGGUGUUGGGUGUACACUUUGUGAUGGUGCUGGUAUUUAAACUCAAGCUGGAGGAGAGGUAGAAGGCCGGCCAUCAGAGAGCCUGCGCACCAAGACAGCUGGAUUGUGGGUGAGGACAGAGUAUCCGAAAGGGUGGAGGGGGGCUGGCCAGUGUGAUAGGGGGCUUCACACCCUCCACCCAUUACCUGGUGCAGGUGACUGCUUACAACUCUGCUAGGAGCUACUCCAGGGCUACUCUACCACCAUCCUCCUUCCUGGAGGCCCCUCCUCCCCUGGGUUAGUGAUGCCCGGGGUGGCCAUGACAGAUGUGAGGGUCCUGCUCCCCAUGGUUGCCUCCUGCCUCGCCCUGCUGGCCGCUCUUGUCACUGUUUGUGUUUGCGUCAGGAAGAAGCCCCCAUGCCCCUCCAGCAGGUCUCCAGGGAUGGGAACAAAGUAGGUGUGCAGGAGAACAAGGAUAACCACAAACACAGGGAGCAGUUUUACAGUGUACAAGAUGUCACCCCACUGCUGUUGACCGAAUCCCUGGUGAGUGGCAGGCAGGGUGGCAGAGUUAUGUGGGAUUUUAAAGGGUAACUAAACACCAGUGCAUCUUUACGUUCUUGUAUAAGUGCAUGGAGAGGAAAACAAAGUGUGCAGUGUAGGUUUAGCAAAAGUGACAGUCUCAGUUGUGUUUUUAAGGGAUAACCAAGCAGUGUCACAUCUUCAGGUCCUUCCUUCAGUGUUAGGGACAAGUUUGAUCCAUCAGGGAAGAGAUGGCAUGGCAUAUUUAUUUCAUUUUAUUUUUUGUCUGUAGAAUAAUUACACUAGGCUACGCAAUGACAGACAUGAUUCGUAGCGUUUGUAAAAGGCAGACGUGUGUUAUGGUGGCUGAAGAACCUGUGGGAAAAAAUUAACUGUUUCCAGGGAGGCAAAAAUACUGAAAAUGAACUAAAAAAUGUUGUUUAUAAGA